CAACCCAGGAGCGGAAAAGAAGACUUUGCUCUCUCUCCACUUUGACCAGCGUCUGCAGCCAAAUGCAGCGCACUCCAGCUCUUCAACAGCUUGUACGUGGCCCUUCCUGUUGAUGGGAAAGCGCUAAACUCGUCUUACAGUUGUAGGGGAGCUUUAGAGAGACGCAUUGAGCAGCGCUGAUGUGAGAUCCAAAAAUAAGGAGAUAUGUCUGCCGCUCAAGGACUUCUCAACAGCGUCUUCUCCUGCUCCUCGCCUGCCUCAAAAGCCAUAACCAAACGGAGGCUACGCCAAACUCGGAGCCUGGACCCCGCUAUUAUAAGACACUGUGGCACCGAGGCCGAAGGAGAAAGUGGCGCGUCGUUUUCUGGAGCGGCGGCUGCGGACGCAGGUGCGUCUCCGGAGCGCUUGGCUGGGAAACCGGCUUUACGCACGAAGAUUCCGACACUAAAGGAGCCCAUAACCCCAUCCCUCUCUUCGCCUUCCAUACCUCUGGAUGUUUCUCCAUCCUUCAACUUCCACUUUGACUAUGAUAUAGUGAAGUGUGCCAAAAGGAAUACCGCCGGGGAUUUACCGUUUCUGGUGAGGGGAUCCGGUGCAGCGCCGUCCGGAAGCACCGGCACGCUGUUCUCCCCGCGUAGGUGGCUUCAGAAGAAAGUGCAGCCGUCCAGCUCACACGCUUACGUUGUGUGGAAAUCGGAGGGUGAUUUCACCUGGAGCAGCCUGUCGGGGCGGAGCGUGCGUCUGAUGCCAGUUGCCAUCCAGAGCCUGUCGGAGCUGGAGAGGGCCAAGCUGCAAGACGUGGCCUACACCCGUUUACACCAGGACUAUGACUUGGGAUGUCAGAUAACUAUGCCAAAAGAUGGACAGAAGAGGAAAAAAUCACUGAGGAGGAAGUUGGACUCUCUUGCAAAAGAGAAGAGUAAAGACAAAGAAUGGAUACCACAGGCCUUCAGUAUACCACUCUCCCAGGUCAUUGCUAAUGACAGAACUCACAGGCAGCGUCAGGACAGUUAUCGUCAGGACCCUCCACAACGCGAGGAACACAAGGACUCCUCUGACCUUGUGUCGUCCAUUUUACAGUUUGCCACCAAGCGACCGUCCAAUAAGGAGUUAUCCAGCAGUAAUUCCUCUUUGAGUUCCACAUCGGAGACAGCCAAUGAGUCAACAUCACCCAAUACGCCUGAGGCUGCACCACGAGCACGCAGGAGGGGAGGCAUGUCAGUGGACUCCAUCACAGACCUGGACGACAACCAGUCCCGCCUGCUCGAGGCGCUGCAGCUCUCUCUGCCGGCCGAAACGCCAAGUAAGAAGGAGAAGCACCGGGACAAAAGGCUGAGCCUCAAUCCCAUCUAUCGUCAGGUCCCGCGAGUGGUCGACAGCUGCUGUCAGCAUAUCGAGAAAUAUGGUUUGCAGACUGUGGGCAUAUUUAGAGUGGGAAGCUCCAAGAAGAGAGUGCGACAGCUACGUGAGGAGUUUGAUCGCGGGGUUGACAUCCCGCUGGAUGAGGAGCACAGCGUUCACGAUGUGGCUGCUCUGCUGAAGGAGUUCCUCAGGGACAUGCCUGACCCGCUCCUCACCAAGGAGCUCUACACGGCCUUCAUCAACACCACAUUGUUGGAUCCAGAUGAGCAGCAGAAUGUUACUCAGCUACUAGUCUACCUGCUCCCAGCAUGUAACAGUGAUACUCUCCACCGCCUCCUUGAGUUUCUAUCCACCGUGACCGACCACGCCCACGACCGGCAGGACAAAGUCGGACAGGAGAUCACUGGGAACAAGAUGACGUCUUUGAACCUGGCCACCAUCUUUGGCCCCAACCUUCUCCACAAACAGAAGAACUCCGACAAGGAGUUCAGCGUCCAGAGCUCAGCCAGGGCCGAGGAGAGCACGGCCGUCAUUGCCGUGCUGCAGAGGAUGAUAGCCAGCUACCAAAGCCUCUUCAUGGUGCCUCCUGAUCUGCAAAAUGAGGUUUUGAUGAAUCUUUUAGAAACCGAUCCAGAUGUGGUAGACUACCUUCUGAGAAGAAAAGCAUCACAGAGCCCCGACCUGUUGCCGACAGAGGAGCCCUUCACCCUGAGCGAGUGUCGUUCCUCCAGCGACUCCAACAAGGCGUCCAGUGGCGAGGUGUCCCCCUAUGACAAUAACUCCCCGGUCCUGAGUGAGCGGAGAGGGGAGCCAGGAAGCCCGGGCGGCGAGCAGCUCUUCCGUGUCCCUGAACAGUACUCUCUGGUGGGGCAGGUGGCCGCCUGGAGCAGAGAGCCUGGAGCUGACACUUGGGGUACCAAAGACACUGUAUCAGAAGAGCAUGCUAACAUUUGGGGGACGUGGCACACUACUCUGAAACCAACACUCAAGGACCAACCAUACACAGGUUCGCAUGGCAACAUGUCAGAGGGAAGCUCUCGCAGCUCACAGGAAGGGCUCGACGGACUCCAUGGCGAUGGCAGGCAGCAGACGACGCUACAACGGACUCAGACAGCGCCUGGCACCACUGAGGUCAGACCCCACCCCCCGGUCACAAGAGUGUGCACCAGCCCUCAUGUGGGGACGGGACGCCUGCCGCUCAAAGUCAUCCCCUCGGUGAAUUCCCACCUCAACAGCACGCAAGGCCUCCAUCAAGCCAGCGGACACAGACUUAUCCUGACCUCUAGACUUCAAGGUGGGGUGAACACUGCCGAUGGUGGCCCUGCUACACUUAACGACAGCCGCUGUCCCCCCCCUUAUAACGCCCAACAUCGACUGGCUAGUUCGCAAAGUUCACUUCAGGUGGCAACAGCUCAGCAACCUCCUCUCCAGCACGGGAGGCUGAGCGUGGGGCCGAGUAACUCAACCACAGAGGCUCAAAUGGUGCCGCAUAGCCCAGAGUGGCAGGACUGGCAGCGGGACCGGUGGCAGAUCUGGCAACUGCUGUCCUCGGACAAUGCUGACACAUUGCCUGAAACGCUAGUGUGAUCUCAGACCAUGAACUCCUGCUUAAUCUCUUUAGAGAUUCUGCUCUGCUAGCCAACCAGUGGCAUGAUCAAAGCCCUCCAAUGACAAUCACUCCUUAUCCCUACCUUACCUGUCAUGUUUUCUCCCAAACUGCCUUUCAUCUAUGGAUUUCAUCCUUUUUGUGAAUCUUCUGUGCUUCUCCUGCAUCUUAGCGCUAUGGCGUUGUUGUUUACGUGUGCAGCUGCUGCCUUAUACAGACUUUUACAUCCAAGAGCCACUAGUAUUUACUGUUUAGUAUGGAUGUUAAAAAGUUGCUUCUGUUCCUAGCCCAAAUGUUUUGUCCAUUUAAAAAAUGCCCACCAGAAAUACCUCAAAAAACUAUCCUUUCACAACUUGUCGAAAUUACCAUAUUCAGAUUCAGUCAUCAUAUCUCAAUGGAGAACAAUAGGAAAACAUUUGUUUAUUUAGUUUAGCAUAUUUUAUUACAUUUUUAACUUUUUCACCACACAGACUCUAAGAUGUGUGCAUUAGUAAUUGCUGCUAAACGUGGAUUUUUUUUGUGUGUACUGGUAAUGUAGUUCAGCCAUAUCUGUCCAAAAACAUCAAAUGUUGAAUUACUUGUCAACAUCAGAUUAUGUUUAACUAAUAUAUACAUACAUACAUACAUACAUACAUACACAGACACACCAUAUGUAUAUUGACAUGUAAAGUAUAUCCUUUGCCAGUCUACUAAAAGUAAGUCAGCUCUUUAACUGGCAGUCUAAAUGUUGGUGUUUGUCAGACUGCUGUUUUUUGUCUUCAAUAUUGAAUGUAAAAUACUUCCCUUAUGGCAAAAUGCUUGGAGCUAAUUAUAAAGCACUCGGCUGUAAGUUUGCUUAUAUGUGUUCUUGCCACCUACUGCACAGCAGGAACAAUGUGCCAAAGUUUUUUUUUUAACUUCAGGAUAUUUAUCUUACAGAUGUGUUCACUUUAUCCGAUUCAUUUCUGAAAGCAACUCUAGAGCGUGUGACAUUGGCAAGAUUUUCAACAUAGAAUUAUAAGAGUACGGAGGCUCAUCAUGAUGUGCAAAAAAAAAUUAAGAUAACGGAAGAUGAAGUGUUAGUAGCCCUCGAGUAAAUAUCCAAAUCAUCAAUGUGUGCAUACAAAUUCUGGAAUGUAACAAAAAGUAUGCAUAAAAAAGAGCCAGGGUUAGAGUUGGAAAUCAGAUAUAUGCCAAAUAAUAUUUUUGAGAUCAGGUCUGGGAGGCCAGAUGUGAAGAAUUUAGAGACUCUGUAAAACAGUGUCACAUGUCUAAAUGUAUCAUAAUUUGAUAUAAAAUGUAUUCACAUUGCAAAUUUUCUAUAUAGGAAAUUCUAACCAUUUAGUCUCCUGAGAUUGUUAAUACAUUGAGAAUUAUUUUAAUGUAUUAUUUGACCUCAGUCUGGAUACAUCAGAACCAAAUAUGAACCACAGUCCACUUCAUUUCCCGUGUUCAAAGUUCACGUUCACUCUAAAUACUGGAAUGGAUUUUCACUAAAAGUAUGCAUUUAGUCAAGAUCAUUACCUAAUCGAAACACUAUUAAAAUCAGCUUUAUGAUCACUGACCUGAGUCCAAAACAACUAUCCACAGUAUGAUGACAUCAACAGCAAUACAGUACAUUCAUAUGAACGUCUCCCUGACUCAUUUUAUUAUCUCUCUCAUGCUAGACUCAAUAUUCCAACUGGUUGCAGACUAAUUGCCCAUCUAAGAAACUCUAUAAAUUCUUCUAGGAAUCAUUAAAAUGUCUCACUUCAAUUCCCGUGUUGUUGCUAAUUCAUUCAGAGUGAAGAAAACUUUUUUGAAUACACCCACCACCAACCUGUCCACAUCCGCUCAAAUGUCACAGUUAAGUGGGUAUUUGCUGGCAAAUAUUUCACAUUUUCUGAAGUUAUGGUGUAAUAUUUGCUCAUUUGGAGCAUUCAGUAGACUUCUUUGAUUUGCUUGUCACUUGGUUGUGACUUUGCGAAGUCAAUGGAAGAAAGCAAGAAGUGGAAGGAUUGUGGGAAAGGUUAUGGCGCCAUCUGUUGUCAGACCAUGUGCACUAGCGUGUUUAACCCACAGUUGACUGUUUCCAUCCAAGCCAUCUGUGCUCAGUUUAGGAUCAGUUAGCUUGUGAUAAGCACCUUUUAUGAAAAUGUGUAAAUCCAUGUGAGGAAAAAAAAGAUGCCAUAGGUGUUGCUCCUAAAAGUUGUUUCUCAAUGUAUUGCUCAAGAUUCAUAUUUUGUAAAAUGUAUGUAUUACUUUGAUUUUUGGUUGAGUGUUGUAAUAUAUAAAUACAGUAUAACAUUUUUUAUUCAAGGGGGAAACAAAGAACAAAAGAGAAGAAGAAAAAAAUGGAGAGAAUAAUUCUAAUGUCCUAACAUUGUCUCCCCAAACCAAGACCAUGUUUGUUUUGGUGACUUCACUAUGAAACUAAGACAACCUGAGUUUAUUGUUGAUAUUUUUGGUGGGGUUUACUGGGUCCAAGUUGUAAUGGAUUGUCUGGUAAUUGCUUUUGUACUGUGUGUCAUCAUCAAUAUGCUACAAUGGAAUUAAAUAUGAUAAAAUUUA